ACGCUUCAAAUACAAGAUGGCAAAUUAUCGUACCAAACUCAGAGGCUACGGAGUUCCUGAGGUGAUGUGCAAUGCCUUCAAACGCAAGAGCCCUGGGGACCAAAAAUCUGCAAAGAAUGUGAAAAAGCCUCGAAAAGCAGAAGUAAACUACCUCCCACCUUACCCAGCAGGAGAGGAUGAGGAAAGUCAAGAACAGGAAAGGAUUCAGUUGCUGACUGAAGUAAGGAAAAGAGACAACAACAAAUUGAUCAAAGAAAAGAUGGCCAAAACAUUUGCACACCGAAGAAAUGAUAUCGUUAACCAAUCACCUGCCAUAGAGGACAUCAAAGCCAGAUGGCCAGCUCUAUUCGAGGCAUCUAAUAUCGAGGAUGAGUUUCACAGAAUUACAACGGUGCACCUGGAAUCGAAGUUCAUGUCCAAGCUGGAUGAAUACUCUCCCAGGCUUCUGAACCUCUUCCACUCAAAGGGUGGGACCAUGGGAUUAAGGUUGCAGACUAUCCUACUGAAGGCUCCUAGCAAUCCUAACAUCAACAUAACCAGAGACAUUGUCAUCCGGUGUCUGAUGUUGUACCUUGGGGAAUCUGCCGAUCAGCUCUUUAAAGAGUAUGAUGAUGCAGAUGAAGACAGUGUGGCACAGGACCUUGCUGUACAAAGGAUGAAAAUUUACAGCAUCCAGAGUAAUCUGUCAGAGGGUACAGAGGACAUCGGAAUCGUGAUAGAUGGUACAAAGGUUCUGACCGCUCUGGGUAACUUUCCAAGAGCUUGUGCCAUGCUUGUUGGUUUGACGUAUGCAGUGAAUCUUGCUUAUCCCAAGGAGCUCAGGUACACUUUCGAAGCCUUUCAGAAACUCUUCCUGGAGCUGGACUGUUCAAAGCUUUCUCCAAAAGUGAACAGCCUCAAGAGCAAGCUACUGGCUUAAGAAAGGGAGCCUAAAUACACUGGUGUGCUCAGUUAUUCUGUGUGUUCAAGUGAUUUAAGUGUUCAAGUUU